CUGGGAACCCGAAUUGCAAAGUUGCAAUUGUAAUGGGCAAAACCAAAACCUCCUCAGCAUCCAGGUACAAGCAGCACAGCAUGAUCCUUGUUCCCAUGGACACGCCAGGAGUGAAGCUGAUAAGACCCCUCUCGGUGUUUGGCUACCUGGAUGAGAUCCAUGGAGGCCAUUUUGAGAUACAUUUUAAUGAUGUGCAAGUACCUGCCUCCAAUAUAAUACUGGGUGAAGGUAGGGGGUUUGAGAUAGCACAAGGUCGGCUCGGGCCAGGCCGAAUUCAUCACUGCAUGAGGUCCAUCGGUGCAGCUGAAACCGCUUUACAGAUCAUGUGCCAGCGUGCAGCAGAGAGAGAGACUUUUGGGAAGAAACUGUACCACCACGAAGUUGUUGCCCACUGGAUUGCUGAAUGCCGCCUUAGCAUAGAACAGGCUAGACUGCUUACGCUAAAAACAGCCAGCAAGAUUGAUACGUUGGGCAACAGAAGAGCUAGGAAAGAGGUAGCCAUGACCAAAGUGGUUGUACCUCGGGCUGUGCUUAAAGUGAUUGACUGUGCAAUCCAAGUGUGUGGGGGAGGUGGAGUUUCCCAGGAUUUUCCUUUGGCUUCAAUGUUUGCUUAUAUUCGGACCUUACGCCUGGCAGACGGGCCUGAUGAAGUUCAUCUCUCAACAAUUGCAAGGUGGGAGCUACUUGAUCAGUCGAAGAAGCUAACUGCAAAAAUUUGAUGUCAGCAUAAAGCCCUCUCAUGUGGAUGGAGGACUUAGGGAAGAUUACAUUACUCAGUGCAAUAAUGUUUAAGCUAAAAUUGGAUCAAUAUAAAACCUUGAUUCUAGUUUGAAUCAAUAUGUAUUCUCAACCUUUACUUGUAAUUAUUACAUUUAUUAAUCGGGGCUUGCUCUAAGAGUUUGUAGAAUACCCUGUGUGAAGUAAGGGCACAUGUAAACAGAGUUUGUCUGGGUUCUUUAUAACACUGAUUAAAAUCUAUUUUCUAACAG